AUGUCUAAUCAAAAGUAAACAAAAUCAAAAUAAAGCAUAAUAAUUAGUAAAAAGGAAAAGUAGUUUAUCGCAGGAUCUGAUGUUGUUUAUAAUUCUCUCAAAAAAUUAGUUGAAUAACAGAAAGAAUAUGGAAAUAAGCAUAGUAAUUAUGUUUUGGGCAUUUAAUCAAUUAUUGAAGACUUGAGUACUAAAACUUUUACAGUUACUUAUAAUUGUGACGAAUCUGCUAUCCCUUUAUCAAAAAUUUAAUACUCUUCGCCAAAACAUAAAAUCUAGAUAUUCAAAUAUUUGUACUUAAUUUAUGGGUUUUUAAACAAAGAAAAAAUUUUGCAUAGAAACCUUAAACCAAAUAAUAUAAUUUUCUAUAAUCAAUAAUUAUUACUUACUGAUUUUGGGUUUAAAAUAGGUGAUUGGUAGAUUGAUAAAAUCAAUUUUUUAGAUGAAAAUGAUGGUACUCGAAAAGAUAAUAUGUAGCCAUAUCUAUCUCCAGAACUUGCAAAUAUCAUUGUCAGCACAAAAAGUUUUGGUCAUAAAAGAGAUGAGCUUCUAGCCAGGAGUAAAUUAUCUGUGUAACAACAGGAUUAAUUUGCAAUCGCAAUUAUGAUGUUAGAGGUCUUUAUUCCUUUAAAGAACAGAAACUCAGCUACUCCUAACGAAAGAAAAUAGCAGAUUAAUGAUAUGAAUUUAUCAGAUGAGUUUUCAAAUGAUGUUGAAAAAUUCAUAAAAGAAACUAUUUCCAAUUUAUUAUAUUCUAAAGAUUUCAAUGAAUAAGAAUUCGAAAAGCGAUUAAAAAUGUUUAUUGAAAUUGAAUAAUAGGCUGAAAACUACAAAAUCAAUAAAUAGGAAUUAAUGACAUAAGAAUAUGACGAAUAAGUCAAAAAUGUCUUAGAAAAUAAAGAUACUUAAUUUAAUUUAAAACUUCUAUAUCACUUUGGUAAAACAAACCUAAACUGGCUGUUAAGUAAUAUUGCACACAAUUAACAAAAUUAAGAACUAAUAACAGAGAUGAGAAGAUUUUUACGUCUUUAUUCACAAAUUGAUAAUUUUAGUCUAGAUUAAAAAGAUGAAAAAUUUACAGAUGAAGAUUUAUUCGUUUCUUUAGUUUAUUUGGAUGAAAAAAUAGAAAAUUUAUAAAAUUCAUAAAAUCAAAAACCUCAUCUGAUUAUGUCUGAAGAAGAAUAGGUAUGUCGUAAUUUAAAACAAUUUCUAAAGAACGAAUAUAAAAGAUUGAAUAAUUUAAACAAGAAUUAAUUUAAAUUUAAUAAAAUAUAGGACAAUGAUGUUUAAAUUCUCAAAUUUGAUGAAGGUGAUUUUUAAAAAAACAGUGAAGUAAUAAAAACAGAAACUGAUGAAAGAUAAAAUGAUAAUGUACAAAAUGAUUAGUAACCUAAUGAAAUUGAAUAACAGAAUGAUUAACAACAUAAUUAAUUUGAAUAACAAAAUGAGUAAUAACCUAGUAUACAGAAUAGGUAAUAAGAUAAUUAAAAUGUUUUACCGAAUAUGUGGUAACAAUCUUAUAUACUUAUACCUAUUUACUCAAUAAAUGAAUAAACUAAUCAAUAAAUACUUUUGGAAACAGUUAAAAGCAAUUUCAAUAGUUCUAGUCUGCAAAAUUAUUUCGAAAUUAACAAAUGCAUAUGCUCAAAGUAAAUAGUAUGCCGUCUUUUUAAAUAUAAAGAUGAUCUUAAUGUCAUUUGUCUUGGUGAGAUAAAAGGUAAUGAUUUUGAAGGAGAAGUAAUGUAAUUGGAAGUAAAGUAAAUUAACCAGAAUAAUUCAAUCAAAACGAUAUUCCACUACGUUAAUGUUAAAACAACAUUAGAAUAUUGGAAUAUUUAAAAUAUAGAAUAAAAGUCAUCGAUUUUUUAGUACUUAGAAAUUAAUUCUCAAUUAAAGUUCAAAAAAUGUAAAGAUUAUUAAGGUCAAAUUCUAAAUGGGAAGAAAAAUGGAAAAGGCAUAGAAAAAAAUUUUAUUGAAAAUAUGAUCUAUGAUGGAAGCUGGAAAGACGGGUAUAUUACAGAUGGAACUAAGAAAUUAAUAAAUACUGAUUAAAUACUAUAGAAUGCUCCCUAUAAAUGGAUAGGAAAUUUCGAAAAAAAUGAAUUACAUGGGGAUAACAUAAAGACAUAUUUAUUAAACUAUAAUAAAGUAGUUUGGUUAGAAGGAAGAUAUCAAGGUGGUUUAAAAAAAGGGGUUCAUACCUGUUACAUGAAAAGGAAAAAUAGAUAGAACGAUGAAAUUGUUAAAAUUUACAGCGCAAUGUUCUUAAUAAUUUCAAACCAAGAACACGAAUUUAAGUUGACUUGCAAUUGA